CAUCGCAGCAAGUUAAUUACUUGUUUCUCCCUUGAGGAGUAUAGGGACGGUUCUCAGCUAGUGAAGAUGGAACAAUUGAAAGAUAUGAACCAAAGUGUCACUGACUUCACAGAAGACAUUCACACCAUUCUUCUGAGGCAAAAUGAGAACACUAAAAAAAAAUAUGAUACUCUUUUGUCUUUGGUGGCAAAUCUAGAGACAAAGCCAAAGAUUGCAAUGGAUUACCUCAAACAACUUCGAGGUAAUGUCAUACUUUUGGGAAAAGAGCAUGAAAAACUUGUGGGAACACUAAUGUAUUUCCCAUGGGCAGAUCAAGAUGAAGAUGUGGUUACUGAGUACCAGGCGUUUUUGCUGAAUUUAGUUUCAGCUCAUCCAUACUAUUUAAGAGCUUGUAUAAAAAUGGUUAUCAGACACUUUUUUCCAGCUAUAGCAGCUGAGACACCGAAUCAAAGCAUGUCACAGAAUGGCUACCAAUUUGAUGCAGAAAGAUCUCGAGAUGCAAGAUUUAUUCGAGCACAUUAUCUGCUUCAAUCUUUGGCGAAGAUUGUUCCAAGCACAAGAUCAAUUCUGGUGCCAUUGCUUGGAGACUCUUUUCCUUUUGUCACUCGUGAUGUUUUUACACACAAGUCCUACACAAGGAAUGUACUGCAGGUGAUGCAAUAUUUACCAGACUUGCGCCUGCAGCUGUUGGAGCUUAUUGUUGACAGAAUGCUUCGACUGGAUGUUAGGGCUUCACGUAAAGAUAUAGAAGAAGCAGAAUUCAGCAUAAAUGCAGAGAUGGAUCAUGUUAAUUUUGUGUGUGGUGAAAAGGUGCAGCAAAAAUGUUACCAAGAAAUAACAUACAGUAUGAAACAUGAGGAGGCUGAACGAUUAGAUACAAUGAUGGACUUGGUAUUAGCUCAUAUUUAUCACACAUGCUACCCAAGUGGCCAAGAUGACUGGGAAGAAACAAAAAAACUGUUCCGGGAGUUGUUGUUUGUGUUUGACAAGCUUAUUUUCAUCACACAUGCGUCUAAUCAUACUCAGUUUCUUCUCUUUUACAUCUGCAGUUUUAAACAGCCUUUGUGUGAAAGGUUCAUUGAGUAUUUGUGGGGAAAAACAAAUGCCUCAACAACACAGACUAUUUUUAGAAAGUCUGCCGCUGGCUACAUUGCCAGCUUUCUGACAAGGGCUUCCUUUUUGAACAUCAGCACAGUUAAGUCAGCUUUAGAAUUGAUGAUGCAGUGGGCAAACAAAUACCUGCAACAGGUUGGUUCUGAAAGUCAUGCAGACUUCACUCAUCAUUCUCCCUUCUAUGCUGUCUGCCAAACUAUUUUUUAUGUCUUCUGUGUAUGGGGCCAUCAGCUUUUUGAGUCGCAUUUAGGUUUCAGAUGGAUUGAAUCUCUGAAGUUUCAGGAUCUGGUACACAGUAAACUGAAUCCACUACGAUUUUGUCAACCUUUCAUCUGCAAAACAUUUGCCUCCCUCAUGAGGAUGCACCAGCUGACAUAUUGUGAUACUAAAAUUGAAAAUAACAGUCGCUACAGUUUUGGCGUAGUGGAUGAAGUUUUGCCAGCCAUGUAUUCUUUUGAUCCAUAUCUUCUGAAAAAAUCUCUGAAGUGGAUAAAACCGCUGUACAGAGGGCAUAAUGAAAUUCUACAUUACUUUGAGGAAACAGAUAAAGAAGAUGUAGAUGAUUUUCUUCCCCAAGAAAAGACUUCCUGGAUCAGAUAGAUGCCUUCGAGUACUGAAAUAAAUUUCAUUAGGAAAAAUAUAAAAUUUCAGCUCAGAGUGACCUUUAUUGUUGUAUUGCCUUGAAUGUAGU